AUGGCUGCGUUAGGAAGGCUCGCCUGCGGGCUUGCUAUAUUCUGUUUGCUGUCUGGCCUGCUUGCCGAGGCGGCUGUACACGAGUAUAAUGGCGGGAAGUUUUUCCAAGCGUCCGAUGCUUUCCUCUUCCGAGGCGGACGCGAAGGUCUGUUCGCAUCCACGCCCGAGGCAGUUCGCCGUUGGGUGGACAUCCCGAGAGGAGUCGCAAACGGGAAAGCAUACAUCCGGUUCGACAACCUGAAGUUCCAUCGGCCGCUCUCCGAGGCUCAGGUGUCUCCGAUCGCCGGGCAGACAGGGAGAAUCGAGGCUCUGUUGUUCGAGGUGAAGGACCGCGACCGCAUCGGCUAUGCGUCGGCUUCCAACAUCCGCGCGUUCUGCUGCUCUCCUGAGCUCGUUCAACGGACGGGAUGCAACCCUGGACACAUCAUCGUGCGGCCGAGAGACGGGGAUAACCAGUGGCCCCGCGUGGUGGAAAUCAACUUCAUUGGCAACGACACGGCGGUGGCGGUGGCGCCGUCGGAGAUCCACAUCACGGCGCCGGGCAUGUACUACCUGUGGUUCGUCAUCUGCGACAAGAGCCUGGCUGGCGUGGCCGUUACGGGCACGACCAUCUGGAAGAACCCGGGCGGGUAUCUGCCCGGCAUGAUGAUGCCAUACCUCAACUUCUACGCGCUCAUGUCCAUGGCGUAUCUGGUGCUGGGCGUGGUGUGGUUCAUGCAGUACGCGCGCUUCUGGCGCGACAUCCUGCAGCUGCAGAACUGCAUCACGGCCGUCAUCGCGCUCUCCAUGCUCGAGAUGGCCACCUGGUACUUCGACUACGUCAACUUCAACGCCGGCGGCUUCCGCCCCUACGGGACCACCAUCUGGGCGGCGACGCUCGGCGCGCUGCGCAAGGCGGUGUCGCGCGUGCUGGUGCUGAUCGUGGCGAUGGGGUAUGGCGUGGUGCGGCCGACGCUGGGCGGGCUGUCAGGGAAGGUUAUGGCUUUGGGUGCAGGUUACUUCUGUGCAGUGGAGCUGCUGGACGUGAUGCAGAACGUGGGCGCCAUCGACGAUCUGAACAGCAGCGAGCGCCUCUUCCUCGUGCUGCCUGUCGCUGUGCUCGACGCCAUCUUCAUCCUCUGGAUCUUCUCCUCGCUCUCCAAGACUCUCUCGCUGCUGCAGACGAAGCGCACAGGGUCGAAGCUGGAGCUGUACCGCAAGUUCACCAACGGCAUGGCUCUGGCCGUGAUCGUCUCUGUAGCCUGGAUCGCAUACGAGAUGUAUGUGCGGCUGUCGGACCCGUACAAUGAGAGGUGGGAGGCGGAUUGGAUCACGGGGUGCUUCUGGCACCUGCUGCAGUUCGUGCUGCUCUGCGCCAUCUGCGUGCUCUGGGCGCCCUCCCUCAACUCCACCAGAUACGCAUAUUCGGAGGAUGUUCCAGAGGAUGAUGAUGAUGUGGCGCUUACAUCAGCAUCAGUGGCUUCAGCGAAAGCAGAGGCAGGGUCUGCUGCAGAGAAGAAGCCAAUAAACACGGAUGUGUUUUCGCUAGAAGACGAGGUUGAGGAGGGGAAACUUGAGUGA